AUGACCACUGAACUGCACUCGGGCUCGGUCGAGCUCAAGGACAACACCGUCAUUGUCGUCCUCGGCGCCUCUGGCGAUCUUGCUAAGAAGAAGACAUUCCCGGCUCUCUUCGGACUCUACCGAAACCAAUUCCUGCCCAAGGAUAUCCGGAUCGUUGGCUAUGCGCGAACCAAGAUGGACCACGACGAAUACCUUCGUCGUAUCAAAUCGUACAUCAAGACGCCGACGAAGGAUAUCGAACAACAGCUGGAGGAGUUUUCUGGGCUGUGCACAUAUGUUUCCGGCCAAUACGACCGGGAUGAUUCGUUCUUGCAACUCAAUAAGCACCUUGAGGAGCUUGAGCAGGGCAAAAAGGAAACUAACAGGCUCUUCUACAUGGCCUUGCCCCCUAGCGUGUUUACCAUCGUCUCUCAGCACCUGAAGAAGUGCUGCUAUCCUGCCAAGGGUGUUGCUCGUGUUAUUGUUGAGAAGCCUUUCGGCAAGGACUUGGCCAGCUCCCGCGAGCUCCAAAAGUCUCUCGAGCCUGACUGGAAGGAAGACGAACUCUUCCGAAUUGACCACUACCUGGGCAAGGAGAUGGUAAAAAACAUCCUCAUUAUGCGAUUUGGCAACUCAUUCUUGGGGGCGACUUGGAAUCGGCACCACAUCGACAAUGUGCAGAUAACAUUCAAGGAGCCAUUUGGCACUGAGGGCCGUGGUGGCUACUUUGACGAGUUUGGCAUCAUCCGGGAUGUCAUGCAGAACCACUUGCUCCAAGUUCUGACUUUGCUCGCCAUGGAGCGACCCAUCUCUUUCUCAUCGGAGGAUAUUCGCGAUGAGAAGGUCCGGGUGCUUCGCGCGAUUCCCGCCAUUGAACCAAAGAAUGUCAUCAUUGGCCAGUACGGGAAGUCAAUUGACGGUAGUAAACCGUCGUACAAGGAGGAUGACACAGUUCCCAAGGACUCGCGGUGCCCGACUUUCUGUGCGCUUGUUGCGUACAUCAAGAACGAGCGGUGGGAUGGCGUCCCCUUCAUCAUGAAGGCUGGAAAGGCGCUCAACGAGCAAAAAACGGAGAUUCGCGUUCAGUUCAAGGACGUUACUUCUGGGAUUUUUAAGGACAUCCCGCGGAAUGAACUUGUGAUGCGCAUCCAGCCCAAUGAGAGCGUGUACAUCAAGAUGAACUCGAAGCUUCCUGGUCUGACCAUGCAGACGGUGGUUACAGAGCUUGAUCUUACUUACCGACGGCGGUUCUCGGACCUCAAGAUCCCCGAGGCAUACGAGUCGUUAAUCCUCGACUGCCUGAAGGGCGACCACUCCAACUUUGUCCGGGAUGACGAGCUUGACGCCAGCUGGAGGAUUUUCACUCCCCUCCUCCAUUACCUGGAUGACAACAAGGAGAUUAUCCCCAUGGAGUACCCAUACGGCUCUCGUGGCCCCGCCGUACUCGAUGAUUUCACUUCAUCGUACGGCUACAAGUUUAGUGAUGCCGCCGGAUACCAGUGGCCGACGACCUCAGCGCUUGGGCCUGGUAACAAGUUGUGA